ACAAAAGUUGAUUCAUUGCGCACCGAGGAAAGUUGUGAUAUUAUCAAGAAAAAUGAAGACUGGAAUUUUUUUGGCUCUUUUAGUUUUAGGAGUUGCAUUCACAUUUGCUCUUCCCACUGAAGAAGACCAGGUUCAAAAUGCAAAUGCUCUUGAAAGCGAUGAAAAUGCAAAGAUUCCUGAAAGCGAUGAAGAUUUGACAAAAGAUGUCGAGAGUGUUGAUGAUGAAGAUCAUGACAUAGAAGAAGACGAAGAAGAUGAAGAAGAUGACGAAGAAGAUGACGAAGAAAAUGAUCCAAAGUUAUUGAUAUUCCGUCGUCGAUGCAGAAGAUGCCAAAGAAAAGUCAUUUACCGUUACCGUAAAAGACCUUACUAUGGAAGAUACAAGUUGCACUGUCGUCGUCCUUGUUACUGCAGACGUCGCUGUUUGUACAGAAAAUGUUAUGGUGGUUACACCUGCAAGAGAUGGAGGUGCUCGCGUCGUUAUUCAAAAAAAUGCUAUUGGUGAUUAUCAAGAUCAAGGAAACCGGAUUUAUUAAGAAACUUGUAGACAUACAUUAACCAAAAUGUAUUUGUAGAACAGCAGAAAUAAAUAGUUAAAAUUGCA